CCAGCAGGAGGCGUGGUUAGGAAGUGACAUGGCCGCCUCCUUCUACGGAGCUCCUUCGCCUUUCUCCGGUUGCUUGUAGGUUAAAUUAGUUAAAUUAGUUUGCUCUCCGCACAAAGUUUUCGCCCACGUUUACCGGGACAACGCGCCGCGAAGCUCAGCAUGGGCACCGUCCACGCCCGGAGCCUGGACCCUCUGCCCAUGCAAGGGCCAGAGCUAGGAGUUCAAGCAGACGACAUCGAAGCUCCAGAGAUUGAGCCAAAGCAAGAAGUCCUUGAAAACAAGGAUGUUGUGGUUCAACGAGUGCACAUAGAUGGGCUCGGAAGAACCAAGGAGGACCUGUUGACAUAUGAAAUCGCAGAAGUUUUCCGGGCAAAAAACUUGAUUGAUGUUAUGCGAAAAUCCCAUGAAGCCCGACAGAAGCUACUACGUCUCGGUAUCUUCAGAAAAGUUGAAGUUGUUAUUGACACGUCCCGAGGUGAUGACGCUCUUCCUAACGGGCUUGACGUGACUUUUGAGGUCACUGAGCUGAGACGGAUGACGGGCAGCUACAACACCAUGGUUGGAAACAAUGAAGGAAGCAUGGUACUGGGCCUGAAGUUACCCAAUGUAUUUGGUCGUGCAGAGAAAAUGACCUUUCAAUUCUCGUAUGGCACCAAAGAGACAUCCUACGGCCUGUCCUUCUUCAAACCCCAACCAGGACACUUUGAGCGCAAUAUCUCAGUCAACGUAUACAAAGUAACAGGUCAAUUUCCAUGGAGUUCGCUGAGGGAGACGGAUCGAGGCAUCUCUGCAGAACUGAGCUUCCCUGUUUGGAAGACCAACCAAACUGUAAAGUGGGAGGGAGUCUGGAGAGAGCUGGGCUGUCUGGCUCGCACUGCCUCGUUCGCCGUCCGGGAGGAGAGUGGCCAUUCCCUCAAGUCUUCCCUUUCGCAUGCUAUGGUCAUUGACACCAGAAAUUCCUCCAUACUUCCCAGGAAAGGCGGCCUGUUGAAGAUCCAUCAGGAACUUGCUGGUUACACUGGGGGAGACGCUAGUUUCCUGAAGGAGGACUUUGAGAUCCAGCUCAACAAAACACUCCUCUGGGACUCAGUCCUUUCUACCUCAUUGUGGGGUGGUUUGCUCCUACCCAUUGGUGACAGGCCAACAAGCAUAGCAGACAGGUUCUAUCUAGGUGGUCCCACCAGUAUCAGGGGAUUCAGUAUGUACAGUAUGGGCCCUCAGAGUGAAGGUAUGGCAGGCGACUACCUGGGAGGAGAGGCCUACUGGGCUGGAGGCCUCCACCUCUACACCCCUCUGCCCUUCAGACCAGGCAGGGGGGGCUUUGGUGACCUCUUCAGAACACACUUCUUCCUCAAUGCGGGAAACCUUUGUAACCUUAACUAUGGUGAGGGGCCAAAAGCGCAUUUGAGGAAACUGGCAGAGUGCAUCCGAUGGUCAUAUGGAGUGGGCAUCGUGCUGCGUUUGGGGAACAUUGCCAGGCUAGAGCUGAAUUACUGCAUUCCCAUGGGAGUCCAGAGUGGAGACAGGAUAUGUGAUGGGGUCCAGUUUGGUGCAGGAAUCAGAUUCCUAUGAAACCACAUUUGCUGGAUCUGGAGGUUCCCUGUGCUUUAGCAUUCAUUUUAUGCCAGAAAUAUUUUAUUGGGAGGGAAGAUUGCUUGUACAGAAUUGUUGUUGCAACUCACUGGUUCAAUAAAAGUGUUUGCACUGAC